ACGAGCGCAUCGCUCGGCGGAGCCGGUGGCGGGCGGGGAGCGGUGCGGGCCCGUUCGUUUCAGCGUCCCCUCCGGGCACCGACCGCGCCUCCCCGCCUCCGCCCCGCGGGCAGCACCCCUCAGAAACAGGUUUUUUUUUUUGUUUGGUUUUUUUUUUUAAUUUUCCUCCUGUUUCCCUUCCGAACUCGGCACUUCCGGCUGGUUUCCGGGCAGUUUCCGGGUGACUUGGGCUUCUCUUCCGGUGGCCGGUCGGGCGCGAGGGGGACGAUGCUGGCGGCGGCAGCGGGGCCCGCUCCGGGCGGCUCGGAGCAGCGCGGCGGCCGCUUCAGCGUCCUGACGUGGGAGCAGGUGCAGCGGCUGGACCAGAUCCUGGGCGAGGCCGUGCCCAUCCACGGCCGCGGCAACUUCCCCACGCUCUCGGUGCGGCCCCGCACCAUCGUCCAGGUUGUCCGUAGUCGCCUGGAGAAGAAAGGAAUCACAGUCCAUAAUGUAAGGUUGAAUGGCUCAGCAGCUAGUCAUGUUCUGCAUCAAGACAGUGGCUUGGGGUACAAAGACUUAGAUCUCAUCUUUGGUGUAGAUCUGAAGACUGAAGAUGUCUUCCAGCUUGUUAAAGAUGUGGUCAUGGAUUGCCUUCUUGACUUCCUCCCAGAAGGUGUCAACAAAGACAAGAUCACCCCCAUGACUCUGAAGGAGGCGUAUGUGCAGAAGCUGGUGAAGGUAUGCAAUGAAACAGACCGCUGGAGCCUCAUAUCGCUCUCCAACAACAGCGGGAAGAAUGUGGAACUCAAAUUUGUGGACUCUCUCAGGCGGCAGUUCGAGUUCAGUGUGGACUCCUUCCAGAUCAUCCUGGAUUCGCUCCUGCUGUUUGGGGAGUGUUCAGAGAAUCCCAUGGCAGAGAACUUCCACCCCACGGUCACUGGGGAGAGCAUGUACGGGGACUUUGAGGAGGCAAUGGACCAUCUCCGGAACAGGGUCAUCGCCACGAGGAACCCAGAGGAGAUCAGAGGUGGGGGGCUUCUGAAAUACUGCAACCUUUUGGUGAGGGGGUUUAAGCCUAAAUCAGAAGUUGAUAUGAAGGCACUACAGAGAUACAUGUGCUCCAGGUUUUUCAUAGACUUCUCUGACAUCGGUGAGCAGCAGAGGAAGCUGGAGUGCUACCUUCAGAGCCACUUUGUUGGGAUGGAGAGCAAAAGAUAUGACUAUUUGAUGACCCUCCACAGGGUGGUCAAUGAGAGCACAGUCUGCCUUAUGGGACACGAAAGGAGGCAGACCCUGAACCUCAUUGCCAUGCUGGCUGUGAGAGUCCUGGCUGAGCAGAACAUCAUCCCCACGGUCACAAAUGUUACCUGCUACUACCAGCCAGCUCCUUAUGUCAGUGAAAUAAACUUCAACUACUAUGUCACCCACGUGCAGCCCUUCCUGCCUUGCAAUCAGUCUUACCCAACGUGGCUUCCCUGUAACUGAGCCAGGAUGAACUUCAGGGUCUGUCCUCCAAGGUACUUCCUUGCCUUGGGGGGGGGGGGGGGCGGUGGCAAAACAGAAAGAACCAACCUUCCUAGAACUGCAACAAGAGGAAACUUCUUGGACUCUUGCUUGAGUGUCUUGUUCCUGGGGUUGUUGGAAUGAGGCCUGUCUGCUGUACACUGUGAUGGGAAGUGCAGUGUGAUGGAAACUAGAUGACUUGGAUGUUUAUGGGAAGACUCGAUUGCUUAUUGAAUGCUGGAGGCGAUGGGGGAGGGUGGGGGUGUGUGAGGGGAGAUUGUAGAAUUACGCUAAGGUAGAGCUGCACUGCCCUGAAAUGGUUCUGAAUUGUGUUGUGGUUUUUUUUUUUUAGUGCGGGAGGUGUUAUGGGUGUGCAGACUUGUGGUUUCUGAAGAUAGAAGCCAGAGUGGCUAAUUCCUUUGAAGGACCAAAGAAUCCUGUUUAAGUGCCUGUAACAAUAUAAACACAACUGUACUGUAAACCUAAUUUUUUUUUUGCAGGGGGUCGACAUCCCAAGAGCUUGAGUGGGGAUGUUCAAAGAAAAAUGUUUCUGUUGGGGGGAGGGGGGCCGGGAGGGUCAUAAGAUCAUUUCUAGUAACCUCGCUGAAGCAGGAAUGGGAUUGCAGGUUACGUGUCGCUGAGGUUUUUUGGCAUGGCUUGCUGCCUGUGAAGGACCAGCUGUAGCAAAUAGCUGUCAAAGUGGAGUUGCAUAAAUGGGGGUGGGCUUGGAAUGACUACAUGUAAAUGCCUAAAACAGGGGACACUGGGGUGGGGGGGGAGUGCAUGGUGAAAAAUGCUGUGCAGAGCUUUAUGGAGAAAAGGCAGCAGGGACCUUCAUAUGAAUUUACUCAAGCUCCCAAGUCUGCAGUGCCAAAAUGUAAUAAUCGUGUACAUAAACGAUGAGGCAGAAGAUCUGUCCAGGAGCCUGCCCCAGGCUACCGUACCUAAUUGUGUAUUUUCUAGGGGAAUUUGAAAUGCUGCUUUUUUUUUUGGCAUGCAGUGUGGUUUUUAUGCACAAAGCCAGAGACCAGCUGGGUUAUCUGGGAAGAUGAGGCUUGUCCUUUGAAGCACAAACCAACUAGUUCACUAGUCAGUUACCUCCAGCUGUUGCUGUGCUGGAGCCUGGGUCUGUCUAGUAGAUGGGCAGACUUCUCCCAGCCUCCUGUGGCUGGAGAUGUUCCCUCAGCCCCUUGGCAGGUCCUGUCUUCGGAAGCAACCUAUUCCCAGCUAUGUGAUUCCACAUGUGAGCCACUGAUAGCAUUUGAAAUUCACUCUCUAGCUAGAAGUGGAGCUUGCAGGGGGCAGGUGUGUAAAAGUCAGUUGGCCUUAGGGGAAAAGUAUGUCUUCUCUAAACAAACCCUCUUGUGUCUUGAGGGUUUGGCUCUCUUAGUCAAGUGUGGCUUUGAAGUUGUUGAGUGUCUAGAGCACAAACAGUUUUUCACGGAGGUGCCUGGGUUGCCAUGCCCAUUCUCGUGAAACAUCAUCUCAGACUUUUAACUAUGCACGGAGGGAGAGGUGGGAGAGCAAGCAGGCGCUUCCUAGGGAUGCUGCUCUGGGAACACUGUGACUUCGUGGUGCUUCCUCUGAGGCUGACAUACUUGAGUAUCUUUAACUUGUGGGGUUAUUUUGUUCUUGUGACAAAACUGUAAUAGCUGGGCAGAUUGAAUGCUCUAAUAAAGACUAGAUCCUCGGAAUGUGUAUAGCCAGAUUGCUACCUUUUUUGGGGUAGGGGCGAUGUGGAGCGGGCAUAAGGGGUGGGGAGGGAGUGAUCUGGGGGCUCUUGCACUUAACAUGAACUAACCAACCUGAAAUUGGUCCAGCUUUGCUUCCUAUCUAGUCAGAGCUGAAGUGUCACUAACGAUGUAGCUAUUACAGGUUUAACUGCCUUCCCGUAGCACAGCUUUGCCUUCACGGCCAAGGCUGGCGUGCUGGCUCUGCCACAGCCUGGUACCUCCCUGGUGCCCAGAGCCCGAUCCCUGGGCGGGGGGAGUGUGAGGUUUAUCCAGUGCAAAGUACAACUGGUUUAAGGGCUGCUUUUGAGAUCCUAAGUAUGCCACCUUCAUGGCUUCAAGGGAAGAUCUUUUCUUCUGCCAUUUUAAACUUUGGAUGAACAUAGAUGAGAUGUAGCAUGCUUUUUUACAGGCUGCUUACCCUUUACCCGCAGACACAUAGACGCACUAAACUGAGAUUCCCUCCCUUCCUGUAAGAUGUCAAAAAGGUUCCCUACAGCCAACAGCUCGACAGGGCAACUUAUGUUGAGAUUGCACUUUUGAUUUACAGUGUGUGUGGUGGGACUCUUGUGAAUGGGUUGAAUCUGAAUUUUUCUAGACCUUGCAGUGAUACUGUACUGCCUCCUGUGAGGGGGGCAGUUGGAAGAUUCCAGUAGCUUGAAUGGCACUUGAUUUUGUUUUAAAUGUCUUUUUUUCCUACACCUGUAUCACCUGUCAUGCGAUGGGCUUGACAUAGACUCACUAGAUUCUUUAGAAUCUGUUACAAAUAAAUACAGUGUAUUCAAA